CCAAUGGCUGCUGCUACUGCUGCUGGUGCACUUUGCUGCUGUGCAUUGUGUAAUACAACAUGACUGUGCUGCAGGCAGCAGCAUCCCUGACGGUGUGUGAUCUGUAUGGAAGCUGCAUCCUCCUCAGUCCCCUGUAUAUCGCUACUACAGUAUGCUGCGCACAUCUGCUGGCAGCACCGCACAUUCCAGUAAUAGUAUAAGUAGAGUGAGCUGUAUGCACGUCUAGUUGGCUGUCAUGCCAUCAGGAGAUUGUAUAGCCAGCACCAUCUUUCUGGUAUUGGUGGUAUGAUGCCAUUAAGGUGUUGGGAAAUCUGAGGGAGAGAGAGGAGAGAUAACAGAGAGCGCGUCUGAGCAGCGAUAGCAGCAGCAGCAGCAUCCCAGCCUGAGUGCACCGCUGCUGCGUCCCAGUCAGUGUGCACCGCUGCUGCGUCUGUAUGGUCACAGUCUCCGCACAUCCACAACAGUGGCAUCUUCCCGGCCCGGAACACCCUGUGGAUCUGCAUCCUUGUCAUUCUGUACCUGUAGCUGAUCCAUCACCACUCAAUGAUGCUCUACAUAACCUAACACCAGGCAUCUGCGUUUCUCUGGCCGAGGAUUAUGAGUCCAGGAGAUAGGCUCUGCUGUUGACUCACAGGACCACUUUGACGCUGUGCAUUGCUAGGAGACAUCAGGCACUGGGGUUUGUGGAGCUUUGCCUGCCUGCCAUAGGUGUCGCCCGGAGCUUAGAGCCAUCAUGGGCCUUUGGAGAAGGUUACAUGGACCCGAUGUGGCGCAGGUGUGCUGCGUCUGCUGGAUCUUGGCUGGGUUAUUCUUGAGGGGGCUGGCCUGUCCCGACUCAUGUACAUGUAACUCUACCAGGAUCUCCUGUGAAAAGAUACCUGGCAUCGUAGCUUUCCCGGUGCUGAAGAACAUGGCCCUGGCUGGGAACAUCACUGACAUUUACAUUGCACAACAACGUAAUUUUGCCUCAAUUAACGAGAAUGAUGCUAAAAUCUACACUGGACUCAGAAACCUAACCGUGGUGGAUUCGUCAUUGAAGUUUCUAUCUCGUCAGGCAUUCCACAAGAAUCCUAAACUUUCUUACAUAGACCUUUCCAGAAACAAGCUGACAUCCUUGAACAGAAAAUUAUUUCGUCACCUAUCCUUGACUCAUUUAAUUCUAGGUGACAAUCCUUUCCAGUGUUCAUGUGAUAUAAUGUGGAUAAAGGUGUUUCAAAAGACAAAUUUCCUAAAUAUGGACAAGCAGAACAUUUUUUGCCGCAAUGAGGAUAAUAAGAUGAUACCUCUGACAAGUAUGCAGAUACCGAACUGUGCUUUGCCAACGGUAAAUGUUAGCACACUAGAACUCACUGUUCUGGAAGGAAACAGUACCACUAUUUACUGUGAAGCCAGUGGACAGCCUGAUCCUAAUGUCUCCUGGGACAUAUCUCAUAUUAAGUCUAACAGCUCGACAGAUACUGGAAAGCAUGGUGCCUUCUUAACAUUAAAGAAUGUGACAUCACUGGACAAUACAAAGACUUUGGUUUGCACAGCAGAAAAUAGUGUGGGAGAGGAUCAAGUUUUUGUGGAGCUCAAUGUACACUUUCCACCAAACAUCACGCUAAUAGACAUCCCAACUUUGGAUCACCACUGGUGUAUCCCUUUCAGCGUGAGGGGCAACCCAACCCCUAAGCUGCAGUGGUUUCAUGAAGGAAACGUUCUGAGUGAAACGGAUUUCAUUUGGAGUAAGAUUCACGAAUCAAGCAACAACAUGAGUGAACACCAUGGCUGCCUACAAUUAGAUAAUCCAACACAUUUGAACAAUGGGCUUUAUACUUUACGUGCAGAAAAUGAAUACGGGAAAGAUGAGCGCAAAAUGAUUGCUCAGUUCAUGGACAAUCCUGAUAUUGGUGGUUCAAUAACUGACUCUGGAUUUUAUGAUUAUGAGACCACCUCUAAUGAUAUUGGAGGAACCAGCACAGACAAUGGAAAUGGGGUCACUUCUACAGAUGUGUCCAAUGAAGGGAAUGAAGACAGUAUUACAGUUUAUGUUGUUGUCGGCAUUGCAGCAUUGGUUUGCACGGGUCUGGUGAUAAUGUUAAUCAUCUUAAAGUUUGGAAGACACUCCAAGUUUGGAUUGAAAGGUCCUUCUUCUGUGAUCAGUAAUGACGAUGAUUCAGCCAGUCCGCUUCACCAUAUUUCUAAUGGCAGUAACACUCCCUCUUCCUCAGAAGGUGGUCCAGAUGCAGUAAUCAUUGGCAUGACAAAGAUCCCGGUCAUCGAAAACCCACAGUACUUUGGAAUUACCAACAGUCACCUGAAGCCGGACACAUUUGUUCAACAUAUAAAGAGGCACAAUAUUGUCCUGAAGAGAGAACUGGGAGAAGGGGCGUUUGGAAAGGUGUUUCUUGCAGAGUGCUAUAACCUAUACCCUGAGCAGGAUAAAAUACUUGUGGCAGUAAAGACUCUAAAAGAUGCAAGUGACAAUGCGAGGAAGGACUUCCAUCGGGAAGCUGAAUUACUGACAAACUUACAACAUGAGCACAUUGUAAAGUUUUAUGGUGUCUGUGUGGAGGGAGAUCCACUUAUCAUGGUCUUUGAGUACAUGAAACAUGGAGACCUGAACAAAUUCCUAAGGGCCCAUGGACCAGAUGCUGUGCUUAUGGCAGAAGGGAACCGUCCUGCUGAACUUACUCAAUCCCAGAUGCUUCACAUAGCCCAGCAGAUUGCAGCAGGUAUGGUGUACUUGGCCUCCCAGCACUUUGUCCAUCGAGAUCUGGCAACGAGGAACUGUCUGGUCGGAGAAAAUCUCUUAGUGAAGAUUGGAGACUUUGGAAUGUCUAGAGACGUAUACAGCACUGAUUACUAUAGGGUUGGAGGUCACACUAUGUUACCGAUACGUUGGAUGCCUCCUGAGAGUAUCAUGUAUAGAAAAUUUACAACAGAAAGUGAUGUAUGGAGCCUAGGAGUUGUGCUAUGGGAAAUUUUCACCUAUGGAAAGCAACCGUGGUACCAGCUAUCAAAUAAUGAGGUUAUUGAGUGCAUAACUCAAGGCCGAGUCUUGCAACGACCUCGCACUUGUCCGAAGGAAGUCUACGACCUUAUGUUGGGCUGCUGGCAGAGGGAGCCGCACAUGAGACUGAACAUCAAAGAAAUCCACAGCCUCCUUAAGAACUUGUCCAAGGCAUCCCCUGUAUACCUUGACAUUCUUGGCUAGAUGUUCAUGGUGUUACCUAUAUGGGAUUGAUGAAUGAAUGUGGUGAACGGCCGCUGAACUCUAUGAAAUGUGUUAUAACCUCUGACAGUAUUAUUAACAAAGAUGCUGACAAGCUAUCAAAGGGCAAGCAACACAGACUUCUCCACCUGUACAAUACACAGUAUUGAUAUUUGCCAUUAAUAGGUUGUAUCUUUUUAUAUUGAGCCUAAAUCUUCUUUUCCUUCUUCUUUUCCUCUCCAAUCUACAGUAUGUUUGGUUGUCUCUCGCUGUACAUUCUUCUCCAUGCUUAUGCCUUUAUGUAACUCAGCAUACAUAGACAAAGGCCUUAAAACCUUAUCUGUUUAUAAGCAGGCACGCAUGUCUGUCCACCACAUCUAACAAUGCCUUCUUGUAUUCCUGCCUUCGAUGUGGAUGAAUAAAGGGAAUAAAAUAUUGUAUGACACGAACUUAACGACUUCAACUGUACAUACCUAUAGACUUUCUAUGGACUUUCGCUAACCUCUACGUUUUGGCUAUGUGCACUAAUGAAAAACCAUAUAUGGACAUCAUGACUAAGUGUGCAGAUAAGAGUUUGUGGAAGUAAGGAGACACGUUGAUGGAGUCAAGUGUAAUCAUCUACCUAAAACAACCUGAAGAAAUACAGUCAUUGCAUUGUAUUCUGAGGAGAAUAAAUUCACCCUGCUUUGUGCGUUGCUAGUCCUUUACCACUAUACAGUAUAGCUCAUGGUAGAAAGACAUAUGUUGUCUGCUUAUAGCAACCUGCCAUAGCUGUGUUCAUCUUUUUUUUCUGAGUGCAGUAAAACCAGUAACAAGCUAAAUCACUCAUUUAAGAGACUGAGAUCAUCACAGUGUGAUGUUGAAUUUAACUGAUAGCGUCCAACAGACAAUCUCUCUCAUUCACCAGUUUACAAAGCCCUUCUGUACAGCUUACACAAGCUAAGAGCACACGUGAUGAGUGUAGGCUGCAAGCUGGAACGUGCUUGGGUUGAUUUGUAUGGCGAUGGACAGAUAUGGGAAGCUUAACACAUGUAUUUUAUUGUUGAUAAGUACCAACCUCAGAUGAGUGUUGCUGAUUGUAUUCUGUUCUGGUAACAGAGUCAGUAGGUAUUGUCACAACCAAAAGCUGUCUACGGUUGGUUGGCUACCCUGAUUUUUUACUUCAUUUUAUUUUUUAAUUAUCAUCUGUGGGCUCUGUAUUGAAGUUUAUAUUUCUCUAUAUUACACUGUAAAAACAAAAUGUGGCAGCCUAUCUACAAUGUAUGUGAUCUUAAACUCAGAGGCAGCGCAUGCUUAUAUAUGUUACCGGCAUGUUGUGUCCAAUGCAAAGAUAUGGAAAGUUGUUCCCAAACACAUAUGCAGUACAGGCAAAAAAACUGUAUCACAGUCACAUUUAGUGUAGACAUCGAUCCUUCUAGAGAACUGCUAACUCCCUACUGUAACGUCAGGUAAUCUGGGGAGCUCAGUCACUCAAGAAUGUAUUAGCACAGUAACGGAAUCGACCAUUUGUAUAGGUACAUGUAAAUAAAAGCAGUAUGUUGACUUAAAACUGGUGACUGUAAAAUAUAUUUGAGAUUUAACAAAAAGGUAUAUGAGUAUUAGCCUCAGGAAUUGAGGCAUUAGCAAGGAAUUGAAUCACAUUUUGGGGUCUAUUAUUGAUUGUAACACAUCUCUAUCAAGGUGUUAAAACACAUUAUAAAAGUGAAACAAUGAUAAUUGUACAGAUGUGAUUGUGCUGUUGCUUUGGUAAGUUGUUCUUCAACUCUUUAUUUAAUAUGUAUAUUUUUUCACACCCGUUUGCAGUAAAAAAAAACCUCAAGCGUGUGCCUAUUUGCUUAGCUAAGAUGGCCGCCUGGAACAGGCGAUAUGUACUGCUUGUGGGAUGAAGAAAUCUGUUGAGCGUAUGUGAAUGUCUUACAUUCUUGAGCACUUGCCUAUAAAGACAGUUCUACUGCAAUAGUUCAGUUUUUCUGUAUAUUUAAAUCUCAGCUCUGAUAUUGAGAUGUACAAGAUACGUACAGUACAUUGAGACUAUACAAACAACAACCUAUGAGUCUUAAUGCUAAACUCCAGUUUGUCUCAAAUUAAUGUAGGUUCUGAAUCAAUGUCUCUAAUUCUUACAAAAAAUGGGUAUUGUUUAAUAACGUGAUAUCAGGAGCAAUCAUAUGCUUUAACCCAAGGCAGCCAAUCAGAAAUCAACUUUCAGACGUCCAGUGGAAACAGACUAAUGACGGUAGAUUAAUUGCAGUGGGUUAGAGCACGUGUUCUUGCAAUGUUGUACUGAAUAAGUCCCAUUUGUCUAUUAAGUUUUAAUGAGCAAUGCAUCCUGGGGAAUGUAUGUAGUUUGAAUAAUAAAGCUAAGAUGAUGCAUUUA